UUAAAGAGUGUCAGGACUACUGAAGGAGAGAACUGUUUGUCCUUUCACUAGUAUAGCACUGCAGGGACACAUGUUCUACUAUUUCUGUUGAUUGUUCUUUUCUAGAUAUUAUGGAAUAUAGAACACUUUAUAGCUAUUAAAUGAUACGAGAAUAUAUAUUAACAGAAUUGUAUAUACUUGCCUUAUAUCUGUGUGUUUGUAUAUAUGCUUUACAUUUGCAUCCUUGGCUUUCGUACACAGUGUGUUCAUUUUGUUUGUUAAGCUGCCAUUUAUACAUUAUUAUGUGGCAAAGACCAAAAACCUGUAAAAAAAUAAUAAUAAUUCUGAUACUGCAUAAGUAAAAAUGAUCUAACAGUAUUCACAUAUCUACAGUAAAUGUACAGGCUAUUGCAUCUUUCACAAGUCACAUUUUUGUCAAAUGUUAGACAAAAAUGCUUUCUGUUUGAAAUUAUACUUAUUUUCAUAAGCACUGAAAUCAUUCAAAAAUAUCUGAAAUAUAUAUGUAGAUAAACCCAUUGCACAUUUAUUUGUAGAUAUUGUACAGCACGUGCGAUAUAUGGCUUGAAUAGAAAACUAGUCAUGCAAAAGGAUGACCAUAUGAGUUAUGAAAGCACACCGUUUAUGUUGUGUAAUCCAUAUGUGUAGCCUGUAAAAUGAUAAUGAUUUUUGUGUAUAUUUUAUGUAUUUUAACACAUCGUUUGAUGUAUUUUAAAAUCAUGUCAUGGAACUACAAAUCACACACACACAACUCACACAUCGGCAAACAUGAUUGUAAUCAUCUGAGUGACUGAUGGAUUCUGUGAAUCAUUACACAAAUUAUAGUAGUUACUGUAUGCAGUUUCCCAUUUUGCAAUCUAAGUAGGCCUAGAAACGUAACAAGACGAGGGCAUUAAUAUAUUAUUUGAGUGUUUCAAUAAAAUACUUAGAUAACUAAAAAAAUAAUUGACAAUUAUUUAUUCAUAUAAUACAUUUAUUAUGGAGUCAUGAUUUGGGAGAUGAUGACCAAAGAGCCCCCCCAAUCCUCGCGCAUGCGCAGUGGGCUGCACAUUCACCACAUUGAAAAUGUUUGCCUGAAACUCUCGGAAGUUUAGCCAAGAAGUUGCUGUGAUUUACCUAGCUGCAAUAAAGACGGUGCCACUAAAAUAAACGAGCUUAUUUUUUUUUGGGGGGGGGGUGUAUAUAUAUAUAUAUAUAUAUAUAGAAAGAGAGAGACAUAAAGGAUUAUACAUGGAUUUAUAUCAAUUUUCAUUAUCUUGCGGUCGAAAACAUGAAUGGUAGCCACCUUUGGAAGAAGUUGUGAUUUAUUUAUUUUUUUGGCGCUCUACUAGCUAACAACGCAGAGGAAAGAUGGUGGAGUUGAGCUAGCUUCGUAUGAGUAGCAGAGCUAGCUAGCUAGGUUGCUAUCGUUUGUGUCUGAAAAGUUUGGAAGAACUGCCCCCUUCCGUUUGCCAUACUCGCCCACAUCUUAUGUUGGCAUAGCAGAUAAAGAAAACAUGAGUGCUCGGAAGAUGGAACCAGGGAUACUGGAGGUUGGAUCUAGACAUCAGAUGGUGCUCUGAAGAAGCCAUGGGUAGCUGUUUAAGCUGUCCAGAGAAGGAGUCAAUCCCAGAUAAUCAUCAAACCAAAUUUAAGGUGAUAAACGUGGAUGACGAUGGGAAUGAGCUGGGCUCGGGCAUGAUGGAGCUGACAGAGGUAGAGCUCGUCCUCCACACCUAUCGCCGUGACGACGUCAAGUGGCCCUACAUGUGCCUGCGUCGCUAUGGCUACGACUCCAACCUCUUCUCCUUCGAGAGUGGCCGCCGCUGCCAGACGGGACAAGGGAUCUUUGCCUUUAAGUGUGCUCGGGCGGAGGAGAUCUUCAACAUGCUGCAGGAGGUGAUGCACAACCACAGCAUCAGUGUGGUGGAGGAGGCCGUACUGGAGACCAACCAGCAGGCCACACAUACUCCUGCCGCUCUGGGCUACUCUGUUCCCACCGUGCACAAUGGUGUCACCCGGAUCCCUUCGGUGGGCGACGCCCCCUCGCACCCCUCCACACGCCACCCGUCUGUGGCCAGCACCCGACUGCCCUCAGUGGGAGAGGAGUCUACACACCCCCUCCUAGUGGCUGACGAGGCGGUCCACACUUAUGUGAACACCACAGGCCUGCUGGAUGACCAGCCCAGCCCUCUGACUGCUCCAGCCCCUCUGGACAGCCCUGGCUCAGCCCAGUCCCAGUGCCCCCCUACACCACCACCUCCGCGGGUAGCCAGACCAGAGCCCCAGGCCCAGCUCCAGGAAGAACCCCAGGUACUGCUGGAGUCCCAGGGGGUACGCUUCGUGCUGGGGCCCACCCCUGUGCAGAAAAAGAUGGCCAAGGGGAAGCAUCAGACUGAGGAUGGAGAUGAAGAGGCAGGGGAGGACUCAGAGUCCCCGGAGCCUGGAGAGGGAGAGACCAACGGCCACACAGACACGGAGGCCCCAGCAUCACCAGAGGGCCAGCCUCAGCCAUCCUCUACACACUCCAAUGGCUCCUCUGCCUCUGUCGGGGCUCCAGCCACAGCCCCUCGCCGCCAUCUCUUACCCCCCGUGACCCCUGACACCCUGCAGAAUGUCAACAACUCAGCCCAGCGGCGCACAGCCCUCCUAGACUACGAGAACCUCCCGGCCCUGCCACCCGUCUGGGAGACCCGCAAGCCCAGCAACGAGGAGGAGGAGAACAACGGUGGACCCCGUGGUGGAGGAGGCCAGGGGGGGCUAAAGAUGUCCUCCCUCAACGGCUACAACCACCACCAACACAGCCUCCUCCACCACUCCUACUCCCAUCCCCUGUCAGCCCACCCCCCUUUGUCAGCCAUGGAGUCCUCCCACAACUAUGUGAACACAGAGAAUGUGACUGCCCCCCUCAGCGCCCGCUGUGCCCCCGACACGGCACGCCGCCGCAGCGACGGGCCCAUCGUGUUCAACUUCGACUUCCGCCGGCCGUUGGGUCAGGAGCAUCCCAAGACGCUCAACUACAUCGAGGUGGAGAUGGAAACUACCGCCUCUUCCUCCGCUGCCUCCAAGGGUGCGUCCUCAGACACCAGCAACCCCCACACGCCCCGCACCCCAACCUCGCCGCCUCUGCCUACCACCCCCACGCGCCGCACCGAGCUCUACGCCUUCAUCGACAUCGAGCGCACCGCCGCCAUGUCCAACCUGCAGAAGGCCCGGCCGCAUGACGACGGGUCACUGAGGAAAACGCGGCACAAUAGCACAGAGCUUCCCACCAAAAGCACUGUCUGACGAUUACCUGAUCCGCCUGGCACCUUUUUCUACUAUUUACCCCUUUUUAAAAUAUGAAACAAAUGGGAAGGCAGCCUAUACAGGGGCCUUUGUUAGAGACACAGACAGAGAAACACGUGACGGAGACAUUGGAAAUGCAAAGAGACUCCAGAAAGCGGUCCUAAAAUGAGAUAUAAACAGACUUGAUUGGGGUUACCUGUAAGGGAAUUCAGGUAGACCAAAGUAGGUACUUACUUGCCAUAUACCAAUUUAUUCCUAUGGUAAUAUAAUACCUCUUCUCCUUCACCCAUUCUACAGUGCAUUUGGGUUGUUUAUUAUGUUAAUAAGACUGGACUGCAUUCCUCCUCACCCACCGUACAAAUCAGUAUUACUGAACAAAGCAUUCCAUUUAGCCUUUUUAUGAUUCACUACAUGCUGCUGUAAUUUCAGUAUCUGAGGAUUACAUGGUACACUUCAUGUUUGACUAUGUACAGUAGAUUCUGGCACAAUAAAUGUCUGUUCUGUUUGUA